AUGGAAUCAAUUAGUGAAGAUUUACGUCAUGCUGAACAAUGUAAAAUGGAAAAUGAAUUAAAAUGUCGUCUUCAAGAACGUGAAAAUUUACCUGUUUUUACUUAUCGACAACAAACACUUGAACAUAUUAAAAAAAAUAAUGUUAUUCUUAUUCGUGGUGCAACUGGAUGUGGAAAAACAACACAAAUUCCUCAAUAUAUAAUUGAUGAUGCUAUUCAACAUAAUCAAGGUGCUUUUUGUAAUGUUGUUGUUACUCAACCACGUCGAAUAAGUGCUAUUUCAAUUGCUGAA